ACAUGAAGCACUUGAUAUGAAAGAGUUUUUCUCUUCGGUAUGGCGUCAAGUGCAACUGGAAAUUAAGUGAAAUUUGGCGAGGAGAAUACUGAGAAAAAUGCUGUUUAGAAGAAGUAAACAGGCUACAUAGUUCACUUAUUCUCACCUUAAAGCUGUUUAACUGUGUGCAAUUUCCCAUUUUGCAGUCACUUGACUGCUUUUUUACUGCUAUAGACAGCUGCCUGCUAAUGCUAGGCCAGUAGAAAAGGUUGCUAAUCGAGCGUUGAAAGGCCAUCACAAAACGGAGACUUUUCAGUUACAAAACAAAAUGAGUAGUUCUCGUCUAGAGCAUUCUAGGAGAGAGGAGGAAUUGUCAGAUGAAAGUGAUACUGGUGAAGCUGAGGACUCUAGAUCUGAGCAAGAGGAUCAGGAUGGUGAGGAGUCACAUGUGGUGGGAUAUUCACAAUGUAAUGAACAUGAUGCGCCUGUACCAAAGAGCAAGUUAACAGUACGAUCAGCAAUAACCUUGGGAGUUUUGGUUUUUAUCAAUCUUCUAAAUUAUAUGGACAGGUUUACAGUCGCAGGUGUCCUCACCCAGAUUCAAAAAUAUUUUGACAUUGAAUAUAAGACUGCUGGACUCCUUCAGACUGUCUUCACCUGCAGUUACAUGGUUUUUGCACCUUUGUUUGGAUAUCUUGGAGAUCGGUAUUCAAGAAAGUAUGUCAUGGCUGCUGGAAUCCUGAUCUGGAGUGUUACAACCUUCCUUGGUUCCCUAGUAAACAGUGAGCAACUUGUUUGGUUUUUUGUUAUACGUGGCCUUGUUGGUAUAGGAGAAGCCAGCUACUCAACUGUAGCACCAACCAUCAUAGCAGAUAUGUUUCUAGGUGAUAGCAGAACAAAAGCACUAUCAUUGUUCUAUUUUGCAAUACCCUGUGGCAGUGGUUUAGGCUACAUUGUUGGAUCAAAGGUUGCUGAAGCAGCUGGUGAUGACUGGCACUGGGCUUUUCGUGUGACACCUGGACUUGGUGUGCUCUGUGUCAUUCUCUGUAUGUUUGUUGUCCAUGAGCCAAAACGGGGUGCAGUUGAAAGUGAAUCACCCGAUCUUAAAGAUGUGUCUGCUUCACUGCACCAUGAGUCAUCCAGCUAUCUUGAUGAUAUUAAAUCCAUUUUCAAGGUGAAAAGCUUUGUCCAUGCAACUGUCGGUUUUACUUGUGUCUCUUUUGUGGUUGGGAGUUUAGCAUUUUGGGCACCAUCAUUUGUUCUGUACUCAGAGCAAGCAAGAGGGAAAGAUGUUAAAAUUGAUGAUGUCAGCUACAUAUUUGGCAUUAUCACCUUUCUUACUGGAGUAAUUGGUGUCUGGACAGGCUCUGAAAUUUCACGAAGAUACAGAAAGAAAAACAAGAAAUCAGAUGCAAUUGUUUGUGGAUUGGGUAUCUUUGCAUCGAUUCCAUUCUUGUACUUUUCUUUAUACCUCGCCGACAAGAUGAUUUACUUAACCUGGGUUCUUAUAGCGCUUGGUGAGAUUCUGCUUUGCCUCAACUGGGCACCAAACGCAGACCUACUUUUGUAUGUCAUUGUGCCAAGCAGAAGGUCCACCGCAGAGGCUGUGCAAAUUCUAUUGAUCCAUUUAUUUGGUGAUGCAACGAGCCCAUUUAUUGUUGGUAAUAUUGCUGAUGCUGUGCAGGGAAACGACCAGUCGGCUUUUGCCAAGCAAAAAGCAUUGCUGUACGCUCUGCUCAUAACACCAUUUGUCAGUUUGCUUGGCGCGAUUGCAUACUACUUCUGUGCGAAGCAUUUGGUUCAUGACAGAGAGGUAGCUGAGAAAACAACAAAGAAGGCUUCUGAAGAGGAGAACCAAAAGUACUUGGAAUCGAUGCCGCCGUCAAAUGGUGAUCAAGAAGACCCCGCAGCGACAGUGUGUGUGAGGCAGGGACAAGAAGGCAUUGACUAUGGGCAGAGUGAUGAAAUUGCCAGUGACAAAGAGCAACUGAUUCCAGCAGUCAGUUUCAGAGACUAAAGGGAAAGACAGAAGCGUCAAGGUUGAUAUAGCAUAUUUGACUAAUUGUUUAGAAAUUCACAAAAACGAAUUUUGUAAUGCUAGGUAAGUGUUGAGUGUAAGGAGAGUGUUGCAAUUGAUUAUUGUAAAUCGACUUAGAUUUUUUAUGUUUUGCCAAGAGAUCAUGCAAUAAAUUUAGGCUAUUUGAACAUACUGAUUAAGUUAUUAACAUAUUUGUAUAAUUAUUUUGCAACAAGUGAUAGCACAGCCAGAUUUUCCCAUCCCAAUCUUUCAAGGCACAAUUUCUUAGCCUGCCUAAGACCUUACUGACUAAACUUAGUGAAUUUGAAAACAGAAUGAACUUUUCCAUAUUUCGUUUUUUUAUUGACAAUGAUUAUAAAAAACUAGCCACAUAUUCGUAUUUUGUAAAGAAUAGAUUGAUUGCUUUUUACCUGAGGUAGUGCUAACUCUGAUGUUUGCGCCUGUGCCUAGAAAUUUCUCAUGUUGAUCUUUAGUCAAUGGGUGAGUGCCUCGAAUUGAUGAAUGUGUUAGUGCCUCGAGUUGGUAAAUUUCUGUUGCAGCGUCUGUUAAGUGAGGCUGUAGCGAAACAGGCUCAUGGGGUAAGUCCACCCAAUCGGUUAAUAUUUACCAGCAUUUUUUGGUAUACCCAUGUAAAGCUAUGAAACACAACGAUUCUCAUAGCUUGGGUAUUAAACAAUAGUUUUUGUAUAGAUUUUUGGGGUAGCACUAAAAUGCAUACGUUUUCAAUAGAAACUGUUAACAUUGCAGAGAUACGUCGGUAAGGUUUAUUGAAAUGAAGCUUAAGACUACCUA